AUUUGUUUUGACGAUUUUGUACACUCGGUAGGGAAACAUUUUGAAUUCCCUCUUCGCUAAUCAAAACAGAAAGAAGAAUUAUUUUACCAGACAGAAGACAACUAAAGCAAUUAAAUUGGGAUUCCAAAUCCGGUAGCCUUGUGGAUAGAAAUCAAAUUAUAUAUUAGGAAGCGAAAAUGCGAUGUGCAGUGUGCAAUUACUAUACGUGGAGCUAUUUUAUUGCUCUGGCGGAAAUUACCGUCUCAUUUAAGGUGGCCUCAGCGCUUUUGGCCUGCUCCAGGAUAUCUGAUCCAGAUCGAGAUGUCGGUUGUUACGAUGUGGAACCGAUAUUUGUGCUGCUAGUUCUUUACAAUUUCCUAUCAUUUAUGCUCAUUAUUGGGGUGGCAAAGCGUAUGGAAAAAAUGCUUCAAAUAUAUCAAACAUGUACAAUAACCCUCAAAGCUUCCGCCAUUAUUCGACGAGUAAUUUUAUCAAUCACUGAAUACAAUGAAGCCAACAUGGAUAAAACUGCUGCAGAAAUGAAGAUAAUUAUUAUGUUUACAUUAAUUUUUACGCUAGAGGCUUUGGUAGUUUCUGGAGCCGUCCGCAAAAUGCGUCGGGAGCAGCAGGAACCACUUUACUACGUGGAUGUGGUGUAAAGACACGUCGCUACCCUGGAACACCGUCCAUUGCGCGUUGUCCUGCUGCGGUGCAUUCAAGAACUCAUCAAGUGGACCCCUGAUAUCAAUUGGUCCUGGGAGCUGGAUCCGAGCAGAGAAGACAGACGCAAACGUAGGCAACAGGAAUUAAUUGCUCGGUAUUAAUUAAUGAACCUUUUCGUCCAGACAAUAUUUACACACAAUUAAUUGGAUACCUAAAUACCUACUGCAUAUUAAUAAGGCCAAAGUUUUCCCCUUCCUUUAUACGCGCUGAUAAAUAUGAACUACCAAUCAUGACUUAAAUGAACGCUUUUAUUCACCCACAGUCAAUUUCGUAGAACGGGCGGAACGAUUGAAAUACAGUUAAUCAGUUCUUUCGCCAGAA